CAUAAUGGAUAAUGUCCGGGAGAUUCCCAAUUACGCGUGACGUCACUGAGCCACAUUCGUCACGUGACACUGUGUAUGUAGGCUGGUUCCGGUUCAAGAUUUCCUUUAUAAGGUACCCGAACUCUGCAGAUGUCGCAAAGUAACAUUCGAGAAAACAAACACUUACUUUAGAAGUUUUCGAUUUGAAGAAACAUUACUUUAAAAAGGUUUACGGAAAAGGAUCUCAUACCGAAACAGAAACAGUACCUUUAAUUUACGCCAAAACAAACAAGUCGUCCUUCUUUACUCUACGUACUUCGUGCAACUCCAACAUGGAUCAUGGAACGCUGGUUGUCAUAGCAACGAUAGUGUUGUUUUACGUGACGUCAUCACUGGCGAUGUACGUGCCGCUCGAUGACGACACAGACCUACCGCCACAGUUCCGUGACGUGGACCUCGACACGGAGGACACUGCACAUCUACGGAAGUUGCUGCUGAAGAAGCUGCGGUUUCGUGAGAUCCUUCGGGAACAGAUGCAGUCACCGGAAGCCGUGCUGGGGGAUGUUGACAUGGCCGAGGACCAAAUCGCCAGACAUAAAGCAUCCAAGCGACACAAGAUGGACAACUUGAUGGACCGUGUAAAGGCAUACCUCUCUCAGUACAAGGAGCGCCAGAUCAAGGAAUCCAUGUCGCUACCGUCACUCAGGUUCGGUCGCUCCGGCAUCAACUACCGCCGCUAGCCGCCGACACUCGAGGGCCACCAACAUCGUGCGCCACAGCGGCGUUUAGUGAGGGGGGAGGGGAAGUUGAUGGACGUGCUGUCUAACUAUUGGCAUCAUAAUCUCAAACCAAGCCAGCCCUCAGAAACACGUCCUUAUAACAUUCCAUUGAACAGUUUCUUAAAUGCGAUCAUGAUGCAUAUUAGUGAAAAAGACAAAAAUAACAUCACAAUACCGCUUCAUGAGAUUAUUUCAAGUUUGUUUCGUCUUUUAUAAGUGAAUUAAGUAAUGAUUUUUGAAUUUAAAGGAGUCGUCAGCGGAUGAUCUAUGAAUAAAAAAGCUUUCGAUUUUCGACUAACACUGAUACACGCAGUGAAAAAUCUAGUCAAUAUUUAUUUAUAUAUAUAUAUAUAUAUAUAUUUAUUUAUCUGUCUUUCAUUUUUUUUUUUUUUACAAAAAAUCACUUUUUCAAUUGUUUUAUGAAAACUGUUCCUUUUAGAAAUGAAUUUAAAAUAAGAAUAUUUUUUAAUCUAUGAAACAUACGUUAUUAAUUUUGCCCAAUCUGAUAUGUAACAUUUAGGUAACUGUUAAACCAAAUAAAUAUCUGU